ACAGGUGGUCCGGGUUCAGUUCGCGCGGGCGUCUCUGUCCUCCGCUCCUUCCCCCGCCGUCCAAUUUGUUCCCCGUAUCCCCUUCCAAGAACCCAGCGCCGGCGCUGUGCCACACAAUUCGCCGGCUCCCCGUCCGGCGCCGGCAAUCUUGGCGCCCCUCUCCGACUCGGCGGUUCGGCACGGCCAGAUGACUUAUACUUUGCUGAUCAGGAGGUGCUGCGAGCAUGGAGACAUACACUAUAGAUGAUGCACUUACAGCAAUGGGGUUUGGGAAAUUUCAAGGACUUGUUCUUGCCUAUGCGGGCAUGGGUUGGGCUGCAGAAUCCAUGGAGCUCAUGCUAUUGUCAUUUCUUGGACCAUCGGUGCGAGAAGAGUGGAAUGUCUCUGCCGAGAAUGAGAGCCUGCUAUCAAGUGUUGUGUUUGCUGGCAUGCUAAUAGGUGCCUGUACUUGGGGCUUUGUUUCUGACAAAUAUGGACGAAGGACUGGUUUAUUGUGUUCAACUCUGUUUACUAGUGGAGUGGGUUUUCUAAGUGCUUUAUCUCCUAGCUAUUUAUGCUUGGUGACUCUUCGGUUUCUCGUUGGAGUAGGAGUCGGUGGCGGGCAUGUGUUUACAUCUUGGUUUUUGGAGUUUGUUCCUGCACGAAAUCGUGGCACUUGGAUGGUUAUUUUUUCCCUUUUCUGGACUGUCGGCACAGUCUUGGAGGCUUCACUUGCAUGGGUUGUAUUAUCAUCAUUGAAUUGGAGGUGGCUGCUGGCAUUGAGCACCCUUCCAUGCUUCCUUUUGCUUCCUUUCUUUGGAGUUACACCCGAGUCACCGCGGUACCUUUGUGUGCAAAACAGAAUGUCUGAUGCAACGGUUGUCCUGGAGAGAAUGGCCAAUGCAAACCAAUCAGCUCUUCCUCCGGGAGUUCUGACAUACCAUCCAGAAACAAAAGGUGACCACAACACUCACUCUUCUGAGAAUGAAUAUCUUCUUCCUGUCAGAGAGAAGGAAUGUACAGUUGACAAUGCCAUGAGCUCCAAAUCUGGUGGUAUUGCUGCAUUGCCUGAGCUAUUAUCACACAAAUUGCUCAGAUCAACUCUUCUUCUUUGGUUUGUUUUCUAUGCAAAUUCCUUUGCUUAUUACGGGCUAGUAUUGCUGACGUCGGAACUGAGUGAUGCAAAUAGAAGUUGCACAUCUGGUGUGAUAUUUGAAGCGCACCAAAAAGAUGCCAAUCUUUACAAAGAUACUUUUAUCACUAGUUUAGCAGAGAUCCCAGGCUUAAUUUUGUCUGCUGUUCUUGUCGAUUGGUUUGGCCGAAAAGCUUCAAUGUGGUUCAUGAUGUUCGCAUGCUGUGCUUUCCUUGGACCACUUGUGCUUCAUCAGAAUGAGUUGUUGACAACUAUUCUUCUAUUCGGUGCUCGCGCAUGUGCCAUGGGUAGCUUUACAGUUUUGUGUUUGUAUGCUCCAGAGGUGUAUCCGACAUCUGUGCGCUCAACCGGUGUUGGAAUUGCGACCGCCAUUGGUAGAGUCGGUGGGGUUGUUUGCCCUCUUGUUGCUGUUGCCAUGCUUAGGAGCUGCCACCAAAUGGAAGCACUCAUGGUGUUUGAGCUCGUCUUAUGCCUUGCUGGAGCUGCCUGCUUUCUCUUCCCUGUAGAGACCAAGGGCCGCGAUAUGGAGUGAUGGUGUAAAAGCACUCUUUGGUAUUCAGAUGGGCUUGUAGUUCAUCACCAUUCAUCAAUUAUACCAUGAUUGUGUAUAUACAGGCUAUAGACGAAACAUUUUAGUGGAUAUGAAGUUGGCAAGUUCCUCGAAAUAUCUGCAGGACUUUCCAAACUUGUUGGACAUUCCAGUGGAGUCUCUACUCCCAAAAUAUUGAAAAGGGGUAUAAAACGAGUUACAUGUGGAAUUCCUUCCAGCCUGUACUUUGUCUAAAAUACACAGUACAGUGUUAAAAUUUAUACAAACAAUAUUUGGAGCUA